AUGAUGAUGAAAGAUGUGCGGGGGAGUCGGAGGUUUCCCCAACACAAUACCGUCAUAGUGGUAAUUACGGUACCUGGCGCCAAGCCGAAAGAGACCACCUUGCGCAGCUCCUCCAUCGACCUCAUCGAUCUCAGUUUCACCUCCCUCCUCGCUGGCCUAACGACUCGACGGGAGCCAUCUUCUACCGUCACCCUCCCCAAUUGGAUCUUUUGUUCUUUUGGACCCCUGGCCAUUAUGGCCGAAGCGCCCGUCGAUGUCCUCCUGAAGGGCAACUCCGGCAGGAACACCCGCGGCCUGCUGCGGAUUAUCAUCCUCGCUACUAUCGCCGCUGCCGCCGUGUCCAGUCGAUUGUUCAGUGUUAUUCGUUUUGAAAGUAUCAUCCACGAAUUCGACCCUUGGUUCAACUUCCGAGCCACGAAGUACCUGGUUCAACAUGGCUUCCAUAGCUUCUGGGAUUGGUUUGAUGACCGAACAUGGCAUCCUCUGGGACGUGUCACUGGUGGCACUCUAUACCCCGGUCUCAUGGUGACCAGUGGAGUCAUUUACCAUGUCCUACGAUUCCUGACCAUUCCCGUCGACAUUCGCAAUAUUUGUGUCCUACUUGCUCCGGCCUUCUCCGGCCUCACGGCGUACGCAAUGUAUUUACUGACUUGUGAGAUGUCAACAUCUCCGUCUGCGGGACUUCUCGCCGCUGCUUUCAUGGGCAUUGUCCCCGGAUACAUCUCCCGAUCAGUAGCAGGCAGCUACGAUAACGAAGCCAUUGCGAUCUUCCUUCUUGUCUUUACCUUCUUCCUGUGGAUCAAGGCUGUCAAGAAUGGCUCGAUCAUGUGGGGCGCAUUGGCUGCGCUCUUCUACGGCUACAUGGUUUCCGCUUGGGGUGGAUAUGUAUUCAUCACCAACCUGAUCCCGUUGCACGUCUUUGUCCUCCUCUGCAUGGGAAGAUACAGCUCUCGGAUAUAUAUCAGUUACACCACCUGGUACGCUCUGGGUACUCUGGCCAGCAUGCAGAUUCCGUUCGUCGGAUUCCUGCCAAUUCGGAACAGUGACCACAUGGCGGCUUUGGGUGUCUUUGGUUUGCUUCAACUUGUGGCAUUCGCCGACUUUGUCCGGGGCUUUAUUCCUGGCAAGCAGUUCCAGCGACUUCUUACCGCCAUGAUCAUCAUCGUCUUUGGCCUUGCUUUCGCGGGACUUGUCGUGCUCACCGUGUCUGGGGUCAUCGCCCCAUGGAGUGGUCGGUUCUACUCUUUGUGGGAUACCGGUUAUGCAAAGAUUCACAUCCCCAUCAUUGCGUCGGUGUCGGAGCACCAGCCUACCGCCUGGCCGGCAUUCUUCUUUGAUCUCAACUUCUUAAUCUGGCUGUUCCCUGCCGGCGUCUACAUGUGUUUCCGCGAACUCCGGGACGAGCAUGUUUUCGUUAUUAUCUACUCGGUGCUUGCCAGUUACUUUGCCGGUGUCAUGGUCCGACUCAUGCUGACCCUGACUCCCAUCGUGUGUGUUGCUGCUGCGUUGGUGCUCUCCUCUAUCCUGGACACUUACGUGUUUGCACCCGCCGGACCCAACCCUCGGGCGAAGGCCAGUGAGGAAGCGGCUUCGGAUGGUCUCCGCUCUGCGAGAACCCCAACCGUUGGCAUUGCCUCGUACCUCUCCAAGGGAAUUGUUACCUCCUCGGUCGUCGUCUACCUGCUUCUGUUUGUGGCCCACUGUACCUGGGUUACCUCCAACGCCUACUCCUCGCCCUCUGUCGUUCUGGCGAGCCGGAUGCCUGAUGGCAGCCAGUUUAUCAUCGAUGAUUACCGUGAGGCGUACUAUUGGCUUCGCCAGAACACUCCCCAGGACGCCAAGAUCAUGUCCUGGUGGGAUUACGGAUACCAGAUUGGUGGCAUGGCCGACCGUCCGACCCUCGUGGACAACAACACAUGGAAUAAUACCCACAUUGCCACCGUCGGCAAGGCCAUGAGCUCGCGUGAAGAGGUCAGCUAUCCCAUUCUCCGCCAGCACGACGUUGAUUACGUCCUGGUGGUCUUUGGUGGACUGCUCGGCUACUCCGGCGACGACAUCAACAAGUUCCUCUGGAUGGUCCGUAUCGCCGAGGGUAUCUGGCCCGACGAGGUCAAGGAACGAGACUUCUUCACCGCGCGAGGUGAAUACCGGGUGGACGACGAGGCGACCCCCGCCAUGCGCAACAGCUUGAUGUACAAAAUGUCUUACCACAACUUCAAUUCUCUGUUCCAGCAAGGCCAGGCCGUGGACCGUGUCCGCGGCUCCCGUCUCCCCGCCGAGGGGCCCCAACUGUCGACGCUCGAAGAAGCCUUCACUAGCGAAAACUGGAUCAUCCGUAUCUACAAGGUCAAGGAUCUGGAUAACCUGGGUCGUGAUCACGGUAACGCCAUGGCUUUUGACCGUGGCCAGAAGCGCAAGCGGGCGACCAAGAAGAGAGGUCCCCGCGUCUUGCGAACUGAAUGA